CGACGGGGCGGGACUAAAGCAGGACUCUCGGUUAGCCUCCCGUUACCGUCCAAUCAAUGUCGCGCGGCCGAUCAUCCACCAAUCGCUAGAGUAUUUAGGAAAGUCCAACGGCCAAUCAUAAGUUGUGUCUUUGCAGCGUUCCCGCCUUUCUCCUCCAGCCACCAACGUCCGGAAGAAGAGAGUAAGUACCGGUUUCUUCCGCCAAUCCCUGCCGGCCACCGCUCGCUUUCCCGUCCGGCCCAACUGCGUCAGCCAGUUUAGGUAAACCCCCGAACGUACAGCUAGCCAAUCGGAAACGCGAUAGCAUCCCGCCUUUGCGUUCAUUCGCUGAGACAGGCAUCCGUCGGAAUUUUACGAAGCUCGCGAGACUGCCUAUCGUUGUCAGCAAGCGGUUGUUUAAAGGAGGUGGCGCGAAGCUGGUAUUUGGUCGAGUUCAUACCGGUUUUGGAGACUAGGAUUUUUCACAGUCAAAAUUAACACAGCAAAGUCGGUCAAGAUGUCUGUUGAUCCAAUGACCUACGAGGCCCAAUUCUUUGGCUUCACACCACAAACUUGCAUGCUUAGGAUCUACAUUGCAUUUCAAGACUACUUGUUUGAAGUAAUGCAGGCUGUUGAACAGGUUAUUCUGAAGAAGCUGGAUGGCAUCCCAGAAUGUGAGAUUAGUCCGGUUCAGAUUCGUAAAUGCACAGAGAAGUUUCUUUGCUUCAUGAAGGGACGUUUUGAUAAACUUUUUGGCAAAAUGGAGCAACUGUUUUUACAGCUGAUUUUGCGGAUUCCUCCAAACAUCUUACUUCCAGAAGAUAAAUCUCAGGAGGUGCUUACUUACAGUGCAGAAGAGUUCCAGCUUCUCCAUAAAGAAAUUGAGCAAUUACAGGAGAAAUAUAAGACUGAAUUAUGCACUAAACAGGCUUUUCUUGCUGAAUUAGAAGAACAAAAAAUUGUUCAGGCCAAACUCAAAAAGACAUUGACUGUGUUUGAUGAGCUUGAAAAUGCUGGCAGGGAAAAUGGAACAAGUGAUUUUAGGGAGAGCUUAGUGUUCCUAGUCCAGAAUUCUAGAAAACUACAAAAUAUUAGAGAGAAUGUGGAAAAAGAAGGCGAAAAACUGAAAGUAUCUUAAUUUCUGAAUCAUGGAAGGUGACUCAAAAAUUGGAACUCAUAAAUUAUUUAUAUCAAUGAUGAUUCCUAGCCUUAGAGUGUAUUUUAUUGGAUUUUCCUUGUGCCUUGUAUUGGUUCAUUUGCCUGAAGUAUCUGUGUACUACCCUUAACUAAUCUUUGAAGCAUCUCUUUCUUAGAGACUUAAGUUGGUAAGGAGCAAUUCCCCAUUCAAUAAUAAUUGUAACCUUGAUCCUUUCAACUUAUCUUUUGGAUGAGACUAAAUGAGAGAAAGAUUAAAUGGGUGACAUAUUGGAGGCUACUCCUUGCAUGGUGCUUGAGAUUGCUUCUGACAGUACUGAGGGGCAGUACAUGCACCUCCGGCCUGUUGAGCUGUCUCCUUAGCCCUUUAGUGGCUUCUUAAAAUACUUGGUUUAAAAUUUCUGGUAUCCUACUUGUAUAUGGAGUGUGAUCAUGGUAGGUCUGUUAGAGCCUCACAGCUCUGCUAUAUGUGAUCUCUAGUGCUACAAGUGAUUUCUAACUGCACUGCAGUCAGGUGUGUAAGUACCUCAACUCAAAAGAUGUGUGAGCACCGUGGUCGGAGAAUGUGACCUCUGGCAAGUAAAUGUGUAAGUACCACCACAAUUCAUAGUGAACACUGCAUCCAGAGCAUAUAUGCAUCAACUAAGAUCCUCGGCCAGCAUGUAUGCAAGCACUGAAAACAAAGGAAUUCAUACCUUGAUGAACACUGUGGCUUAAUGCACAGGUACCGCAACCAGAUUGAGACCCUGACAACAACCACGGCUAAAAAUGUAUGAGCUUCAUAACCAGGCACAUGUGAGAGACCUUUGGUUAUUGUAAUAGUGACAUCAAAGGGGAGGUGUAAGAA